CAGAAACGUCCCAACUCGAAACUCCAGACAUUAUACCGUUUCGAUAUUUUGAAGUUGGGAACCAGAGAGGAGCGCGAGGGUUUUUACAGUAGACUUGCUCUCUCUCUCUUUCUCCCAAAAAGAAAAAAAAAUCAAACCUUUUCUUCAAUUUCUUUACGUCCCAAAACAAAAAUGCCGUCUGAAGACGCAAAGCCUGGGAAGACGAAGAAAGAAGAAGAAGACGAGAAGAGCUUAAGUUCCAUUGUGAAAGCCCGCAAAAAGAACCCAACAAAUGCAGCUAUUAAAGAUCCCAAAGUCAAGAAAGCUGAUGAUGAUGAUGAUGAUUUUGACAUUCCCAUUAGUAAGAGUAGAAACUCUUCAGCUUCUCGUCCCAACACACCUAAAGUUAAGAAGGAAGACAAGGAUUCUGAUGCUGAUGAUGAUAAGCCCAUUUCAAUGAAAAAAUCUGCUGCCAAGUCUGAUAAUAAGGAAUUGAACAAGAAAAAGAAGAAAAAAGAGGAAGAGAAGGGUUCUGUGGUUAUGGAGCAAAAUGGCAAGAAGAAGGAGAAGAAGGUUUAUGAUUUGCCUGGCCAGAAGCGAGACCCUCCUGAAGAGAGAGACCCACUUAGGAUUUUUUAUGAAACAUUAUACAAGCAACUUCCCAACAGCGAAAUGGCGCAAAUCUGGAUGAUGGAAUCUGGUUUGCUCUCCAAAGAAGAGGCGAAGAAGGUUUAUGAGAAGAAACAAAAGAAGAAGAAUCAGCAGAAGCUGAGUUCUCCCGUCAAAGCAAUUACUACUGCCACAAAGAGGGCUCAAUCUCCAACCACUAAGAAAAAGACACCAUUGGCCCCUGUAUCAUCGGUUAAAAAGAAGACGACCGACUCCAAUGCUGAAACAAAGCAGUCUAGGAAACGCAAGAUUGCUGGUGGAAGCACUGAUGAAGAUUCUGAUGACGAUUUCAUAGUCAAUAGAAGCACAAAGAAACAGAGAGCAUCUUAGACAAACCGACAUUCCUUAUUGGCUUAAUUCUCUUGGGAGCUGUUUACAGUUUCACUAAUCCGCCAAAUUCUUACCCAAUUCUAAUGUGUAUCAGUACUUCUCACGAUUUUCGAAACAUUAGAGAGCUGCCAUUCUUAAUUCUUAUAUUUGAUGUCCUUGUAUUCUUCUUAUCUAUGAGAAAGAAGAGUUCUGCUAUACAGCUCUCUUGAUUGUGACGGCAUAUGCCUUGCCUUGCAUUUUAAGAGUCUUUUAUCAUAUAAGAGAUGAAUGUAAAAGCCUUGACCCUACUUCUGCUUUUA